GCAAGGCGGGCUAAGCUGGAUCAAGCGUGCUGCCCUCGUCUAGGACUCCUUCGGCGGACAGGAAGUGCACACAGUGCUGAUCCAUCAUCUUUCAGGCCGGCCGCCCGGAGCUGGGGGGGGGGGAGAAAAGGCUCUGUGUUGGCGACUGUGUAGCUCCCUUGAGGCUGUCAAACAUGGAGGCAUGAGUUACAGGGAGAAGUUGGGAGGGGAACUGGCUCGGCGUCAGGACUUUUCAGUGCAGAGCUGACGCACUAAAGCCCAGAGCGAGAGAGAGAGAGAGAGAGAGAGAGAGAGAGAAGUCAGGACGGCAGCAACAGCUCAGCAGCCAGCAGUGGUCAGACCGAUUUUGUUGUGUGAGUGUUGGGACAGGAAAAGAACCAGUUCAUUUCCUGUUUCUACUGUGUGUGUGUGACACUGCAUGCAGCCCAAGGUCAACAAGUUCCGGCAUCCCGGGUGGAUGCGAUCCCCCACUGCACCGUGUAGAAGCGCGGGGAGGAUGUGAGGCCUCGGAUUACCCUGCUGUCUGCUUGCGGUCCGGCUGCAGCAGAGGGGGAAUGGGCCCGGCGUCGCUGCAGGAGGAGUCCAGGUCCCAGAGCGAGGAGGAAGAGAUGGAGAGCUGCCUCCUGCGGGCCGGCUCCCGGCUGGAGAGCACACUGCAGCAGGUAACGGUUCCUAUGAGCAUGAAGGAGGUUGGAGGCUACAUCGAGAAGCAGGUAGCAUACCUGUCAGGUGGGCGUGGUGAAGACUCCAGCGUCAUCAUCACGCUCCCAGAAUGCUCAGCUUUCCGGGACAUACCAGAGGAGGCCUUGGCCAAAGUCUUCACGUACCUCACGCUCAUCCCGCGAAGCAGGCAACCAGGAGUCAAGUUCAUCCUCAUUCUGGACCGCAGGAUGGACACGUGGGCGUCCAUCAAGACUGCACUUGCCAGGAUAGCAGCCUCCUUUCCCGGGAACCUCCACCUGGUCCUGGUGCUCCGCCCCACCAGCUUCUUCCACCGCACCGUCACCGACAUCGGCUUCCGCUUCGGCCAGGAGGACUUCAUGCUGAAGAUGCCGGUGGUGAUGCUGAGCUCCGUCACGGACCUGCUGAAGUACAUCGACGAGAACCAGCUGACGUCUGAGUUCGGGGGCACUCUGGACUACUGUCACAGCGACUGGAUCCUUCUGAGAACGGCGAUUGAAAGUUUUGCCGUCACGGUGAAGGACAUGGCACACAUGCUGCAGGCCUUCGGCACCGAACUGGCCGAGAGGGAAGCGCCCGCUGAGGGCGCCGCCAUCGAGCGUCUCCUGGAGGCUCACGAAGACAAAUACAGGAAGCUGAAGGAGGCCAUUAGAUCUUUGUCCAAAGAGGGUCAGCACCUUCUCUCCAGCCUGGAGACAACCGGGGGGGACAGCGGUGACUCUCAGUGGGACGUCAAGCUGGACUGGGAGACGGUACAUCGGCUCCUCAACCAUCUGAGGGACAUGGAGUCGGCCUUCGAUGGCUUCUUCGACAAGCACCAGCUGAAACUGCAUCAGCACCUGCAGCUCCUCACGUAUGACAAAAGCGUCCAAGAGAUGGAGUCGUGUCUGCAGCGUCUGUCGUCUCAGGAGGGCGAGCUGUCCAUACGUGUGGACACCAUGGCUCAAGCCGAGCAGGCCCUCCAGCAGCUGGACGCUCUGGAAUCCUUUGCACAGGAAGUGACAUCACGAGCACAGCUGGCGAUCCUCCAGGGCCACCAGCUGUCAGCGAGUCACCACUACGCCACCGUUCUCAUCAUGCAGCGCUGCAACGAGCUGCGCCAUCACUGCGAAUCCGUCGGCGCCGCUCUGGCGACCAAACGCUGUGGUCUCCUGCAAACGCACCGACUGCUGCUCUCUCUGGACCAGGCCCAGACCUGGUGUGACGAUGGGGCGUACAUGCUGGCCAAUCAGCUGGUGGAGAGGUUCCAAUCCAAGGAGGGGGCUCAGGCUGCUUUGAAGGCCAUCGAGAGCUUCCUGGAAGGGGCGCCAGCUUUGAUGGCAUCGGGGGCGGACAUUCUUGCACUGGAGUAUGAGGCCGUCAUCACCCCUCAGCUGCAGGUAAAGAUAGAGAAGACCUUUGAGAAGCAUGCAACCGUGCUGCAGAUGAUCCGGACCAGACAGGCCAGUCUCAGGAAGCUGGCUGAUAAACACCGACCCGUGCAGCUGGUGGCCCCCCGUGCUGAGAACCCGCCUCGCUCUAAAUCGCCCAUCUUCUCGCCCAAGCACGCGGAUGGCUUGAAAUUCACCUUUGACCUCCCGCUUCCCGGGAAGAGGAUGUCCCGUAAAGGUCCCAACACCCGCACGAUCCAGGUCAUUCACGACUACCAGGAGAGCCGAAGCUGUGUGACGUACGGCGUGGAAGGCGAGGACAGCCCUGAUGUCCUCAAGCGGCAUGUGAUGAGGGAGCUCAUCGAGACGGAGAGGAUCUACGUGGAAGAGCUGCUGUCGGUUCUUCUGGGCUACAAGGCCGAGAUGGACAACCCGCUUCUGUCGGGUCUCCUGCCGUCCGCCCUGCGCAGCAAGAGAGGGGUCCUCUUUGGAAACAUGUCAGAUAUCUACAACUUCCACAGCAGGGUGUUUCUCCAGGACCUGGAGGGAUGCCUGGAGACUCCUGAAGGAGUGGGCAUCUGCUUCCUAGCAAGGAAGGAGAACUUCCAAAUGUACGAAUGCUACUGUCAGAAUAAACCACGCUCGGACGCUCUGUGGCGACAGUUCUCCGACCUGGCCUUCUUCCAGGAGUGUCAGAAGAAGCUGGGACACAAACUGGGGCUGGACUCGUACCUGCUGAAACCCGUGCAGCGCCUCACCAAAUACCAACUGCUGCUGAAGGAGCUGCUGAAGCACAGCACAGACGGCGAGGCGUCCUCUGAGCUGCAGGGGGCGCUAACAGCCAUGCUGGACCUGCUCAAGUCCGUCAACGACUCCAUGCAUCAGAUAGCCAUCACGGGAUACGAGGGGGACAUUUGCGAGCUGGGCCGCAUGCUGAUGCAAGGCUCCUUCAGCGUGUGGAUCAGCCACAAGAGGGGUCCCACUCGCGUCAAGGAGCUGGCCCGCUUCAAGCCCAUGCAGAGGCACCUCUUCCUCUACGAGACGGUGCUGCUCUUCUGCAAGCGGAGGGAGGAGCACGGAGACGCCGGCGAGAAGACGCCCUCGUAUGGCUUCAAGCACUGCAUCAAGAUGACUGCUGUGGGCAUCACGGAGAACGUCAAAGGAGACCCGAGGAAGUUUGAGAUCUGGUACAGCGGCAGGGAGGAGGUCUACGUGGUUCAGGCUCCCAGCGUGGAGGUGAAGACGUCCUGGCUCAGCGAGCUCCGACGGAUCCUGACCAACCAGCAGAGGUUACUUCGAGAUGAGGCCCACCAAAACGGACAACUGGUGGAGCGCCUGCAGAUGUCCCCGCCCCCUGGCGCCAGUCUUGCCAGUCAGCAGCAGAGGGCGUCGUUGAGCUCGGAGGACGCCGAGUCAGGGAGGACCAGCCCAGACGGACGGCACCCCCCCCCAAAACCACAGCUGAACCGCAGGAGUUGGCCCGGAGCUCAGCCCCCAGUGAGCAGCAGCGAGGGUCUGGGGGAGACCAGCGGCAUCCGGGACCACCAGUCUGGUGCACAACUGGUCAAACUGUCUGCAGGCAGAUAUCGGGCGGUGGCCGACUGCCACGAGAGCGGCCCGGCCAGCGUGGCCAUCAGAAGCGGGGACAUCAUCCAGCUGAUGAGUGAAGACCCCCGAGGUGGAUGGCUGGUGAAGAACAUGAGUCUGCACCAGGACGGCUGGGUUGCGUCUGCCAGCCUCCAAGUGUCCAUAAGAGGGAUCCCCAGAUCAGGCUCGUCCAGACUUGGGGACACGGGGAGGGAAAGGAAGCUGAGUUCUCCUUAGGGAGGAACCCCAGCCAGAGGGGGCGCCAGUGAGCCUGUUCGGGACCCGUGUGUGGAUUCCUCACCCCACUGGUCUUUUACCUCCACGCUAACUUUUGAAAAAGGACACGGAGCACAAAGACGGUUUGGGAAUGCCGUGUCUUCCUGGCUGCAUGUUUUGGUGAACCUUCUCCAUCAGGUGUGGGGGUGUCCUCACUGCAGGACUGGGAUUACGGCCCAAACGGAGCUUUUCAACAAUAUCUGACCUCUAUACCUCCAACUUACAUCCCACUUCCUUCCCUUCUGGGCACACAAAGACAAUCCAAAAACAACCUGGCAUCAGGUCUCAGCCCAAACCAAAAUACUGGACUUUUUCUACCGGAAGUACUGGCAUCACUCUGUGAUGUGGUUGCAGUACUGGCCGGAGCCACUAGAGGGCGUACUUGAUGAUGUGCUGUGACAUCCUUCUUCUUGACAGCAUUCCCUUGCUUCGUUUCCAAGGGAAUUUCACUUCCUACUUCUUUGGAAUAACUCUCAUUUCCUCAUGUGCUCUUCCUUACGUGCCAACAUGUGCUUUUCAUGGGGGGGGGGGGGUCAUCUCAUACGUAGGUACUUCACAGUAUUUCUCAGCUUGUAUGAAUGUUUUAGAGCAGUACCUUGACUGCAUCUUCCUUUUUGUGUACUUUUACUUUAUGAUGCAUUACAAAGAUUUGCCUUUGUUUGCUCAUGGGCAUAUUCUCAGAAUAAAAUGAUUUCAUAAAUGAAAAUAUGAAGAAUGUACAUUUAGCACUGCUGCAUCUUGAGGAGGUUCCAAGCAGAGGCAGAAGAUGCCAAAUAAGAAACGGGAAUGAGAGAAAAAGUCCUUUCUGGAAAAGCAACAUUCCAGUGGAAUGAAUGCCACAUUGUGUUGGGUCAACCAGGUUGGUUGUGUUCGCCAGAUCAGGUGAUGGUUAGAAAACCAGGUCCUCAGACUGGUUGUCCAUCUUGACUAGAAGCUUUCUGGUCCAAGCGGCCGUGUUUCUUUUGUGGGACACACGGACAUGUACGGGAGCGUGAGUGUCUUCUGCAGUGAAAGGUCCCAAGGUCCGGUGACCGUGAAGAGCUGACGGCCGGGCCAAUAGAAGAUACGUUUGUGUGGUCUGGCAGCUGCAAAUCUCCCACAGUUCAGCACCAACAACACGGAAGCGGUGACGGGCUGCUAAGACGUGCUAAUGCUGCAAGGCUGUAACGUAGCGUGGUGGGGGCAACCCCCGCAAUCCCUUCCAGGACCAGCAUUGGGCAUCUAUAUUAAGACUGGGUCUAAAACAACACCGGCUUAAGCGUAAGGGGCUUAAGGGACUAUUUGGAAGCCUGCACACAGGCACCACCAGCCAAGGCAAAUGCUAGCAAAACAGCAGGCUAGAUGGUAUUUAAAGAUACACGUACCCCCCCCCCCCCCCCCCAUCCAUUUAUCUAUUCAUUUUAGCACACAAAAACGGUUCUUGGAAGAAACUGAUUUAGGCAAGAGACGUUUUUUGUCUCACUGUGGACGUGACGUCUGUUUGGUAACGCCUCGUGUGCUAAGGCGUGAAAAUCCAGCGUCCUAAUGAAUCAGACCAAUCAAUCAAUCCUUAGCGCUCGGCUGGAGUGUGAAGAUCCUUCAGCGAUCCAAAGGCAGAUGGACCUCAGGAAGCCUUGUCCCAAAUAAGCCAAAGGAUGCUGGGGAGGAUCGCAGGUGAUGAAAUGUGGGUCCUGACCCCGAGGCCGGGCUAAGACGUACACAUAGUCAACAUACGCUUUAGUGGGUACAAGCAUCAAUACAAGACAAGUACCACUUAUACUACCUACAUAUACUACAACACAAUACCUGACAAGUAUUCAUGAAACUAUGCUUUUUAUGGCUUCU